AUGCAAGAUAUUGAGACGUCAAAGGGAAAGAAGAGAAACAGAGAACCCGAACGUGAUGUAAUUGUGAUUGGUGAUAGUAAUGAUGAUGUUAACAAUGAUGAUGAUGAUGUUAAUAAUGAUGGCAAGAAUGAUGUUAAUAAUGAUGGCAAGAAUGAUGUUAACAAUGAUGAUGAAGUUGAGAUUAUUUCAUCUAAUGUCUUUUGGAAACCUGAAGAAUUGAAGGGAAUGACUUUGAUAGAAAGUAAUAACGAAGUCAUUAAACUUCUAUGUGGUAUUACCCAUCCUAAGUAUGGUGAUUCUAUUGGCAAGAUUUCAAUUUAUCGUGAUGGUAGAAUUGAAAUAGAUUGUGAUUGCUAUCCUGGCUGCAAAAAAGGUACAUACAAUUUUAUUUUAUUUUAUUUUUAUUUUUCCUACAAAAUAUGUCCAAGUGAAUUCGAGAAGGAAGCAGGGUUUACUGGAGCGAGCAAUUGGAGGGGACAUAUAUGGGUUUUUGUUGAUGUACAUAAAAAGUCUCUAAGGGAUACAAAACUGCUCAAGUAUUACAAAGGAUCAAUUAAAGACCGCUGUGAUCCAGUUAAGCCGGUUCGAAGUCGAACCGUCCACCGUGAUGAGUUCAUGAAAUGCACUGCUUGCGGCAAGCGCCGGCUCUUUAUGUGUCGAAACAAAGACCAGUGUAAGGCCUACCACCAAGCUACCAAAAACAGUGCUACUUGGACUUGCUCUGACUUUCCUUACAAAUUCUUAAGGUGUGAGGAUGAUGAAAGAAGGGGAGCUAAAAAUCUAGUAAGGGGAUGUCCUUUAAAACCAACAUGCGAGGGUUGUUCAUCAUGUGUAUGCUUUGGUUGCGAUAUGUGCCGAUUCGACGAUUGCGACUGUCGUACUUGCCUGGAUUACAUUCUCAAUAUUGAAGUUUAA